GUGGGUGAGUCAGUGGGUUAAUCAGUGGAUGAGUGAGUGUUGAGUUCUACAGUGGGGAUCUUUGUCUUUGUUGUGGGCAGAUAAAGCACAUGAUGGCUUUCAUCGAGCAAGAGGCCAACGAGAAAGCGGAGGAGAUCGACGCUAAGGCGGAGGAGGAGUUCAACAUUGAGAAGGGCCGCCUAGUGCAGACUCAGCGCCUCAAGAUCAUGGAGCACUACGAGAAGAAGGAGAAGCAGAUCGACCAGCAGAAGAAGAUACAGAUGUCGAACCUGAUGAACCAGGCCCGGCUCAAGGUGCUCCGAGCUCGCGAGGACCUCGUGCAGGAGCUGCUGAGUGAGGGGCGACGCCGGCAGGCGGAGGUCACCAAGAACCAAGCGCGCUACCAGGCACUGCUGGACGGUCUCCUGCUGCAGGGUCUGUACCAGCUGCUAGAGCCCGUGGUGAUUAUCCGGUGCCGUAAGGUGGACGUGGCCAUGGUUAAGGCUGCGGUGCAGACGGUGCUGCCCACGUACCGUGACGUCACCAAGAAAGAUCUGGACGCUCGCGUGGACGAGACGGUCUUCCUGCCUCCUGAAGUGUCUGGGGGAGUGGAGGUGUUCAGUCAGGAUGGUAAGAUCAAGUGCUCCAACACCCUAGAGAGUCGGCUGGAACUCAUGGCUCAGCAGAUGUUGCCAGAGAUCCGGGUCUCCCUCUUUGGACCAAACCCCAACCGCAAGUUCCUGGACUGAGCAGCACAUUCCCCUAGUGGAGAGAGCUCCAAAUCUCCCCACUCUCCAAAUCUCCCCACUCUCCAAAUCUCCCCACUCUCCAAAUCUCCCCACUC